AUGGCGGGUAGAGGGGCUGGACAGCGCCGUCGCCGCCGCGUCAAUGCGGGUGGUAGAUCGCGAGCCGUGCGUGAAACGGUGAUCAAGCCUCGUUGGUUGUGGUGUAUGAGUUGUCUGCGAACCGCUGUGCGCAACUUUAAGCCUCAAGGAAUGGAGGAGCAGGUCGCCUUUGACAUCGAGUGCAUCCUGGAUGGGGAAGAAUCGAUCUUGUGCCGGCAGUGUUGCGGCCGUCGCGGCGGGUGUGAAAUAUCUCACUGUCGAACAUCGACCAUCCGUUGCUACCGGGGUUCCAGCAACACGCCCGCCAACAGGUUGCAAACCUACGUAGAGAAGCAGCAGAAAUUCUGA